ACACAAUUAAUAAAAAAAAAAAAAAAACCACCACCACCAUGGACCCCGAACCACCAUCACUUCCACCACCUCCACGGACACGUACUUUCUCCACCAUGAUAGCCAAUCCUCCAACCACCACCACCACCACCACCGCCAUAAUGGCUCACGAACAACCACCACCACGGCAUCCACGUACCUUCUGGAGUACUCAUCCGGUGCACAAAAGCAUAGCAAGUGCGGCCAACCUAGCAAACCUACUACCCACAGGCACAGUACUCGCCUUUCGAACACUAACCCCAUCAUUUUCCAACAAUGGAAUUUGCCAAAUAUCGAACAAAUACAUGACAUCAUCCCUCGUCGCCUUCUGCUCGAUCAUAUGCUUCCUCUCUUCGUUCACCGAUAGCUUUACGACAGACGACGCUGAUGGUAAUAAGAUCAUGUACUACGGCAUCGCCACGUUCAAGGGUUUCUACAUUUUCAAUCAGGACAAUACUACGAGAGACGACAAAACGAUGGUGGAUCAGUUGGAAGAAGAAGAAGAGAAAAAAGCUAAUAGAGAAGAUUUAUCGAGGUUUCGGAUAAGUAUGAUCGACUUUGUACACGCGUUUGUUUCUUUGUUUGUGUUCUUGGUGUUUGCAUUAUGCGACCGUGAUGUACAAAACUGUUUCUUUCCUUUUGGAGGAGUGAAUUUGGAUGAGCUUGUCAUGAAUUUGCCAUUGGCAGCUGGCAUUUUCUCCAGCUUCCUUUUCAUCAUCUUCCCCACUACUCGUCGUGGGAUCGGAAUUGCAGACAUGCCACCUGCACCCAAGUUCAAAUGA